AUGGCUUAUACCGAGAGCCAGAUCAGCGACGCCAUUUCGGAUGAGCAGAUUGAGUCUCAAUACGAAGAGGAAGAUGUCGGUAGGGGUAUGGGUGCUCUGCACCACAUUCGUUCCAGGACACGAAGUCGAGGACACGGCGACGACAAUGUCAUCGGGUGGAAGUACAAGGACGCUGACGAUCCAUACAAUUGGCCAGCGCCCAAGAAAGCAGCCAUUACUUCCCUGACCGGCCUCCUUGUCAUCAACUCGACCGUGGGAUCUUCCCUCCCCAGCAUGGCUGUACCUAAGAUGGCUGAGCUGUGGAACGUCACCUCGCACGAGCAGAUGGUCCUUCCCAUAUCCGUCUACCUGAUCGGCUACGUCGCCGGCCCCAUGAUAUGGGGACCCCUCAGCGAGCAUCUUGGGCGUCGGAACCUGACCAUCAUCACAUUCAUCUGCUUCUCCCUCUUCACCAUGGCCUGCGGCUUCUCACCCAGCUGGCCGGCGCUGCUGGUGUUUCGCCUCUUCUGCGGUCUCUUUGGAAGCUCGCCAAUUGCCAUCGUCGCGGGUAUACUGGCUGAUAUGUACAACGAUGCUAGGGAAAGGGGAAGAGCAUUUUCAAUCUUCAUGGUGACAACCGUUUUUGGUCCCCUAUUGGCCCCCAUCAUAUCAGGGUUCUGCUCCGACACCAUCGGCUGGCGCUGGACCUUCUGGGUGGCCGUGAUGCUAUGCGCCGUGACGCUUGUCGCCCUCGUGGCCUUUCUCCCCGAGACGUACGGCCCCAUCCUGCUGCACCGGCGCGCCAUCCGUAUGCGCAAGGAGGACCCCAGCUCCCGGGUCAUUGCGCCGCGCGAGCUCGAGACGACCAACAUGUCACACCUGUUCACCGUGGUGCUGACACGCCCGAUCCGCAUGCUCUUCUCCGAGGCCAUCGUGUCGGCCACGUGCGCAUACCUGGCUCUCGUGUACGCCAUCUUCUACAUGUCCUUCCAGGCCUUCCCCAUAAUCUUCCGCGACCUGUACGGUCUCUCGACGGGAGUCACGGGUCUGUGCUACCUCCCCAUUGGCGGCGGGGCUAUGCUGUCACUCCCCAUAUUCUGGACCUGGGACCACAUACUUUCCCAGGCCGUCGCCCAGGGCAAGCCCUGGACCAGGCGAGAGGAAUUUCGCCGCCUGCCGCUUGCCCUGCUCGGCGGGCCCUUAUUCGUCGUCGCCCUGUUCUGGCUGGGAUGGUCCGCAAAGGCCGACACCUCCUUCGUGGCACCCAUGAUCGCCGGCGUGCCCUUUGGCCUCGGCUUCAUGCUCAUCUUCAUGGCCCUGCUCAAUUACCUCACCGACGCCUACGACUUCUUCGCCGCCUCCGCAAAUGCCGUCGCCUCCAUGUGCCGGUCCCUGCUGGCCGUCGUCCUGCCCCUCGCCACCACUCCCAUGUUUGCCUCGCUCAAGAUCUCGGGUGCCUGCUCGCUCCUCGGUGGCCUCAGCGCGGGCAUGUGCGUCAUCCCCAUCAUCUUCAUAUGGAAGGGCCCUUCCAUCAGGGCGAGGUCCAAGUUCUGCAUCGCCCUCACCGAGAAGAGGGAGCAUGUCGCACGUAAGCUCGAGGAGGAGAGGUUGAAGCUCGAGAGGGAGGAAGCCAAGGAGAAGGGCGAAGAGGUCUGA